UGCCCCAAAAUUAAAAAAAAGCAGAGAAUCUAAAGAAAUCUGAAUUAAUACAUUUAAAACAGACAAGACUCUGUGGUGGAAAUCACACCAUAGGCUCAAAAUCACUCCCAGAAUCCACUGUCCACAUCCACAAAUCAGGUAAAAACUAAACCAUGCAAAGAGGAAACCAGAUAGAAACAUAAUCCAGAAAUGCAGGAGACGUGAUCUGUAUGAAGUGGAAAACUGUCCUGUGACAACAAUCUUACUUUGCACUUAUAAGAAGUCAAAUGUCACCAGAAGAAGAGGUGUUUCUGCCAGAGGAUGGUUCCUCUCUCUCUAGAGGAUGUGUGAGUUUCAGUCGCUGCUGCACCGUGGGAGUGAUUCACUCAGAGGUACAAUGAGGAUAUGAUGCACAAACGUCAAAGGAGCGCACGCAUGGAACAAGCAGGGUUUGAUGGUAUCGCAGCAUCAGAUCAGAUUACUCUGCAGCACAGAGUUUGCUGGAGGAGCUUCAGCUUUUAGGUGAUGAGGGGAAGAAUCACUCUGCUGGAGGCAAGUUCACACACCGGGUGCAGGAGUUCAUGAUGAAGGUCUGCUGGGUGUUUGUGAUCCUCAUGGGCUUUAGGAUAUCUGACGCAGCUCAGUGUCAGAGCAGCUACACGUGCCCUGGUAAGACUUUGACAUAUUUAAUGAUCUUUAAAAAAUGAGUUCAUAUUUGUAGUAACUACUCUGGGGUAUUUGCGUGACUAAAAUAGUGGCAGCUAGGAAGAAAUAACUCGGACUGUGUUUCAUAAGUGGUUACAGUGGGGCAGUGGUUUACACCGAGGUUAGCCCCCUCAUCUGUUGAGCAAUAACACUCAUAUUUGAGGAGUUAACUGUCAACGUGUGGCAGCUGCAGAAGAAAUCAGGCUUGCUUGUGCUCUGACAUCGUGGCAGAAGUUUAUUAACUCCUCAUUUCAGUAAAAGAGGACAUAUCAUACUUUAUAACGGCUUGGGUACACAGGAAAGUCCCGAAUUUAGCAUCAAUCCGACUAGAAAGCAAUUUGGAAGUAAAUUUGCAAUAACAAAAGCAUCACUUUGUGUAUUUCUUUUUAUAUAAUUCAGAAUAAAUCCAGUGUUUCUACAUUAUAAUUAAAGCUAAUCAGUUUUUUCAUGGUAAGUCUAGUAAGCAUCAAGUAAAUCUACUUCAAAGUGAUCAUACUCAUUCAUUGAAUGCCUAUUUCUAAAAAAAAAAGGACAGAUAAAUCUAUUUACUGAGAAUAUAGGUCUGGUACUGUCCCAUGAGAGUGCGGCAGUAUCACAAAAUAAGUUGUCCAACGCACAGAUGAAACAGUCCCUUCAAAAACAUCACAGCAAAGAAAACAGUAUAAUGCAUGAGAAAGAGUUGAUGUUUUACUAUGUUAAAGCUCCUAUAGGGAAUUUUUUUAUGUUUAUGAAACAGGCUGAAACUCAUAUUGAUGUCCUUUCAUGAUAUUUACAGCAAACAAGACCAUCAGCGACAGGAUUAAUGAUUAUUUUAAAUGCAUAAAAUUAGUGCGAGGGGGUAGGUGUCAGCCGAGCAGCUAAAGAAACAACUCUAUGUUUACCAUUUCCACAUUAAACAUUCACAUUAAAUGAUGCUUUCAUCUUCAAAAGUCGUUAUAUUUAUAUAUUUUUGUCAGGAGUCACUACUCAAGCAUGUAGGAGUCGAGAUAAACAAAGACCGCUUUGUCCGCAGGGGUUACAAAAUAUACCCAACCUGAAGUUUAAUUCUUAAAAACAGAAUUUCUCAUUUCAGCGGCAUUUGCAUGAAAUCACAUUGCAAAAACACAUUUCUAUUCUUGCUCUAAAUACUCACUCCAUUCAGUCACUAUUUUGGGGAUUUGCAAGUGCAUGUCAGAGGGCUGACCUACAAAAUCAAAUUAGACUACAAACCACAAGACUGACACUUAUAUUGUAUAUUUUGCGUCAAUAACCACAGUGACAUAAGUGUCAGACACGAAUCAGCUCAAACUUCCUCACAGGAGCUUUAAAGUUCGAAGUUAAAGUAUAUAUGACAGGAUAGAAAGGGUUAAUAUCCAUCAGAUGGGCCUUGUUGGGGUAACAACUGAACAAUUUAGGGAGUUUUUCUUAAAUAUGAUUUGGAAAAAACUCUAGAUAAAUAGAAGAUAUUGUGCUUUACAUAUUUUUCUACUCUGAAAUCAGCACUGUUACCAAUCUUAAAAAACUCAUAAGCUUGUUUUCAACUUGGUGAUAAUCAAAACUCAUCUAAGCCCUCAUACCUGCGAGUAAAGUGCUUUUCUACAAGACACAAACCUCCAUCAACGGUGUGGCUGUGGCUGGCACACAUGAGUCACUCAGAGGCUGACUCAAGUGUGCCGAAGUCUGAGACAAAAUUUCUGUUUCUCAAGUAAAAUGUAAGGCAGAUGACAAGAAGUAAAUGUGCACAAAUGUGCAGUUAUCAAAGUAAUUCUGUGUGGGGGAGGAGAUGUGGUGAAAUGACGCGUUUCAAAGGCUGAAUUUCAGUUAAAUGCAAAUUAAUCAUUCUUUGCAGGAGCAGCUUGUCUCUGCAUCCUGGCAUAGUGAACAAUCUUCUGGUGCACACAUUUAUCUAAAACUGCUCUGCGUGUGUUAAAAAUGUUUAUUUUUUCCUCUUUAGACAAACUUGAAAUGGUCUGCGUACCUACUGGACAAGAUGUGUUUGUGCCAUGCCCGGAGCUAAAAGGAGAAAUCUUCCAAUUCAACCUCUUCAAGAACAACGAAGUGAUUUACAACCACUCAUGCCACCAUGAUAAAGGCGCACUGAACUGCACACCAUCUUACAGCAGAAUGGGAGUUGACCUGCACAUAAAGAAUAAAUCUGUGAGUUUCAAGCUCACAGGAGUGAACGCCAGCAGCCACGGGGCCUACAGGUGUAUGCGCACAAUCACGUUCCCUCCACCUUAUAUUACACCUGUGCCAGGGGCUGCAUUGGUAGUAGUGCUCUUAGAAGGUGAGUAUUCCUCAGAUCUACCACAUCGGUCAUUUUAGUUCGCAUUUAGCUGAGUAAAAUGAAUAUUUCGUGAAUGUCAUUUUCUAGGACACCACUGCAAGACCAACAAACCAAUUGAAGAUCCUAAGCCACCUGAGAGGCAAAUCAGUGACUUUCUCUGGAUUUGGAUCCUGGGGCUUGUUUCUGUUAUUAUCUACAGCGUCAUCAUCACCACCUUGGCUUUAUUCUUCUGGGUAAGAAAGAUUGAAUGUAUCUGGAAUAACAAGGGAGAGUAAAAGUUAAAGGUGUCACUCAUCAAAAGAACAAAAGAACUGGGGUGGGUAUGAAUAUCAUCAUCCUGACUGACUCGUGCACAAAAUUCUGGAUACUGUGAUCCAGAACACACAAAAAUAAGUGUCGUUGGAAUUUUCAAUGCUGAAAGAUAACCAAUGGACGGCAGAGUGGUGUAGACAGGCGGUACAGUGGUGUAGUGAUUAGCACUGUCGCCUCACAACCAGAAGGUCCUGGGUUAGAAUCCCGGUCAGGGCAUUUCUUGUUGUGGGAACAUUAUGAACAGUGAACAUACCAGUUUAAACACAAAUAAAAGUUAAUCAGUAGAUGUUCCCCAGUGUCUCAGGUGGGUCUCGUUCAGAUUGAAAACCAGUGCUUAUUUUACACACAGGAAGACGAGAAGAGGCGCAAGUGUUAAAUUUACCCAAUUUGAUGAUUUGAGAGAACUUUUCUCAAACAAAAGUUUAGCAGAGACUCAAAUGAAGAGCCAUGUAGGUGACUUUGCUGAUUUGGACUGAUUUGCAUAAUCUUCAAAGGACUUCAGGUUGCGUUUGAAAAGCAGACAAAAACAGCCCUCAAAAUCUGUUUAAUUCCCCAAAGAGAAGUGCCUUAAACUAAAAGUUCUUUAUGAAUUUUGUACUUUAUGAAUUUUUAAAAAUAUAUUCACUACCAAGAUGUAAAGUUAGAGAAAUGUUUGGUUUAAACAGGAGCAGGCUGAGCAAAUCCUUAAAGAUACCAUGAAAACAGACACAAACACAAACAAAAAGUUUCUCACACAACCCCCACAGGUUCCUGGGGAAAAUCUUUGUGGUGCAAAUGUGGCUACAGUAUAAAUGUUACGGUGUGAACCUUUAAGGACAGGUGGUCCUGAUUUCUAACCACUUGUUAAUGUCUCACAGGUCAAACUGAGGAGGACAGAUUCUCAAAACGACUACAUGAACACCAAACCCAGAGCGCCCAGAGGGCACAAGAGGAAUCGAGGGGUUCAAAACCCCGCACCACGAUACUUUUGACAACCUGUGCAUCAGCUGACUGUCUGUUAGUUUAGGCAUUAUUACUGUAGGUGAAUCCUUUUCCUUCAAAACCUUUUCAUGCGAUGUUGUUAGCAGUAGAUGUUUUGUUUUUAAUCAGAAGAGCAGCAGCUCCCUUUACAGUUUUUCCUGUGUGAAAGAGAAAAUAAAAAAACGUACACGGUUCGUCGUUUGCCAACUUCCUGUCUCUCUUUAACUCUUACUGGGUAGAAAACACAACCACAGAUCUGCCUUUCAAAGCCCCUCCUUGUGGUUGAAACAGAAGGUGGUGUCUGAAUGAG